AUGGGAUUUUCUGGUACUUUUUUAAACCAAACAAUGUUUAUAAUAAUUUCCAUUAUAACAAUUGGUUUACUUAUAUAUUAUUUUCUAACUUGGAAUUUUGAUUAUUGGCUUAAGAAGAAUAUCAGGGGACCCAAACCGAAACCUCUACUGGGUACAUUUCCCAAUUUACUAUUACGUAAACAACAUUUUGGUGAUGAUUUAAAUGAUAUAUACAAGUGUUAUAAAACCACUGAAAAUUUUGUGGGGGUAUUUCUGAUGCGCACGCCACAAUUAAUGAUAUUGGAUCCUCAGAUAGUGCAUGAAAUAUUCGUGACUGCUUUCAAUAAUUUCGAAGAUAAUGAUGUGGGAAAAUUGAUUGACAGAGUUAAAGAUCCCUUAAUAUCUAAAAAUCCCUUUCUAUUAAUGGGUGAAGAAUGGCGUUUGCAAAGAUCUUUAAUAACACCCGGCUUAACAAGUGCCCGCAUUAAACAAUCUUAUCAAAAUAUGAAAAAUGUUUGUCAACAAUUGGUGACACUUAUUAGGCAACAUGGUUGUCGUGUUGUAAAUGGCAAAGAUCUUUCCUUACGUUUCACCUCAGAAAGCUUAAGUGAUUGUGUUUUGGGUAUUCAAGCUAACAGCUUUUCGUCUCAACCCCUUCCCAUCACAGAAAAUGUUAAAAAAUUUGCUGAACAUAAUACAGCAUUUAUACUUUAUACCAUUAUUGUUGGCCUAGUGCCCAGUAUUUUGAAUUUCUAUAAGGCAAAAUUUUUCCCUAAAGACUGUGAGGAAUUUUUCAUGGAUCUAAUGAGUAAAGCAUACAAAUUACAUAGUGAGAAUAAUACUGAGCACCUAGGUAUUUUAAGUCAUUUAUUAAAAAUUAAAGAUUUAUAUAAACUAAAGGAUACCGAUAUGUAUUCACAUACCAUGACAUUUUUAAUCGAUGGUUUGGAUACUACGGCCACGGUAAUUUCGCAUUGUUUGUUAAUGUUAGCUCGAGAACCUGAUGCCCAGGAAAUCUUGUAUUGCGAAGUAAUGGAGUCGUGUGAUGAGGAUGGUUUUAUUAGUUUUGAGAAGCUUAACGAUAUGCCAUAUUUGGAUGCUUGUAUACAUGAAUCUUUGCGAAUUUAUCCCCCCGGUUUAUGGGCUACCAAAUGUUGUACCGAAUCUUAUGAAGUGAAAAAUAAAGAUGGUCGAAUUCUUAAGAUAGAAAAAGGAGAAUCAAUUAUGAUACCGAUUUAUGCUCUACACCAUGAUCCGCAAUACUAUCCGGAACCCAACAAAUUUAAACCUGAACGUUUUUUACUCACAAAUGGUGGCGGUGUCAAACAUUUCAAAGAUCAUGGUGUAUUUUUAGGAUUUGGAGAUGGUCCACGUACAUGUUUGGGUAUGCGUUUUGCUUUGAUUCAGUGUAAAUCAGCGAUUUCCUCACUAAUUAAGUCGUUUCGUGUUAAACUAAAUACAAAAACCCAACAUAAUUAUCGAUUAGAUGCGAAAAGUUUUCUUGCUUUGCAUGCUGGUGGUGUUUGGUUGGAUUUUGAAAAUCGUUUAUAAACCUAAAGAUUAUAUUGUGAUUUUAUUGUCAUUUUUAUUGCAGU